AUGAGCCCGGCCGAUGGCGGGCCGUGGUGGCGGCUGCGGUGGCUCGCGCGACACGAAUGGUCGGGCCGGGCCGCGGACGCCGCGGUCAUCGACACGGUGCACGCCCAGCUGCAGCGGCCACAGGACGGUGCGAACCGUCUUCGACUGGCGGACGUGCGCCCAGCGUGCGGCCCAAACGUGCGCGCCCUCUUCCUGCACUGCGCGAGCGCCCUCUCCCCGGCAGGCAUCCUCGGCCUCGUCGCGGCGUGCCCCAACCUCCAGGUGCUCUCCCUCUCCGAGUGCAAAGUCGACGAUGCACUCCUGCGCGGCCUCGCCGCCAGCGCGUGCGCGCCGCGCCUCGUCGCGCUGCGCCUGUGGAUGUGCCAAGGCACUUGCAGCCCCGCCGCCCUCGGGGCCCUCCUCCAGGCGAGUGCGCCAAAGCUCGCGUGGCUCGACAUCGAGGCCUUCUUUAGCAAUCGCACGCGCGGAGAGACCAUCGACCACGCCGCGUGGCUGCUGCCGCUGCGCUCGUGCGCGGAGCUGCGCGUGGCGCUGCUGCCAAGCCAGCUGCCCCGCGACGCCCUCGGCGCGCUCGCACGACCUGGUGGGAAGCUCGAGCUGCUCAGCGUCGACGGCGAAGGCCCAAAGACCCCUCUCAGAUCCGCGCUCGACAUUCACGGCUUCAUCCUCGACGCGCACGCGGGCGAGGCGACCUGCCGCCUCGCCAACCGUCUCGACGUCGGCGAGCCCACGGGCGCGACGCUGCCGCGCGCGCAGCUCCUGCAGUGCACGCGGCUCGCCGACUUGCGCGUGCGCUGCCCGAUUCUGAGCGAGGAGGAUGUACACGAGUGCCUUGCGAAGCUGCCGGCUCUCAAGGCGCUGCACGUGUGCAGCGGUGAGGACGUCGAGCCCUCGCUGGUCGGUGAGCUUGGCUGCCUCGAGCAGCUCCGCGUGCUCGAUCUCGCCGGCUGUCUGGGCAACUACUACAUGCACGGUGAGCAGGUGGCGACCGAGAAUUGCGACGCGCUGGUCGAGAUGGCCCGCGGCUUGAGCAAUCUGGUGCAGAUCGACCUCUCGGGUCACCACGAGGCCUUUUACGCGUGCGUCGAGGGGGAGUACGACGCGGAGGAGAUGCUCACGCAGAUGGCGUGCUGCCUGGACUCGCUGCGCGUGCUCAACCUCUCCGAGAACGGGCGCAAGUUUGGCUGGGCGAAGCUGCGGCGUGAGAUGCGUUGCCUCAACGAGGACCUCGACGAAGGAGGGGCUGGCGUCACCAUCCACUAUGGCGACGGCGUGAGCGUGUAUGCGGCGGGCGGCGGCGGAGGCGGAGGCGGCGCACAGGAGGACAGCGGGUCCGCGGACGACGACGACGACGAAGAGAUGAGUGACGAUGAUUGCCGAGCAGCCAGCGCGCUGAAGCGCGUCGCCGUGAUGAGCCGCUACCUGAACGGCGAGGGCAUGGGCUUCUUCGCCUCUGCCGCCAAUAUCAUACCAAGACGACUGGGCCGUAGAAAAGACUGGGCCCCCAAAGCACAAGCGGUGGCGAGCUAUAAGGCGAUGGAGGCGGAGGUCGCGAGGAUGAGCGGCGCCGCGGGCGUCGAGUGGACGGUGAUCCGCGCCGGCACGCUCAAGGGCGGCGGGGGUCGGGGUGCUCGGGCGAGGAUGGCGACGAGCGGUCGGUGGGCCGCAUGA